GUAUUUAGACCACCUUGACGAAGACUGGCGAGGAAUGUACGACAAUGACCCUGUGGCCGAAGUUCCUGAGGACAAGAGGGAGAAGGUCCUGGGAGGCGAGGGCUGCAUGUGGGGAGAGACCGUUGAUGGCUCAGAUCAGGCUCCCACGCUGUGGCCGCGGCUUGCUGCCAUUGCCGAGCGGCUCUGGAGCGCGCCAGCCUCCUCUUCUGCGGCUGCAGAGUCACGCCUCAAUGCCUUCAGGUGCCUGCUCCUUCGUCGGGGUGUGGCCGCUGCCCCCACCCAAGUCAGCGGCAGAAGAGCACCUCUUGGGCCAGGGUCGCUCGGAGCCGCAGGGGAGACGGAUUCGUUCGAUGCACUGAUUUAG